CUGGCAGGGGCUCCACAGGAAAAAGGAGGGGAGCCUGAGCCCUGGAUAUCCCCCCAGCCGCUUUUUAAAGGGGCAGCUGGCCCAGCGGUAGGCAGCAGGCACAAUGGCGUCCUGGACACUGCCUCUGCUGCUGCCGCUGCUGACGGUGGUGGUCUGGCCUCUGGCAGUACAGCCUGCGCCCCCCACCUGCUACUCCCGGAUGCUGACCCUGAGCCGUGAGAUCAUGGCUGACUUUCAGAGCCUGCAGGCUUCAGAACCCGAGGAUUCGUGUGUGAGGUACUUGCCCCAGCUCUACCUGGAUAUCCAUAAUUACUGUGUGCUGGCCAAGCUGCGGGACUUCGUGGCCUCUCCUCAGUGCUGGAACAUGGCCGAAGUGGACACUCUGAAGGACAGAGUGCGGAAGCUGUAUACCAUCAUGAACUCCUUCUGCAGACGGGACUUGGUGUUCCUCUCGGAUGACUGCAAUGCUUUGGAAUACCCGAUCCCCGAGACCACGGCUCCUCCAGACCAGCACAGCUAAGAAAGCAGGUGGACCAGAAGACUGAUCCAGAGACCCGAAGCUGGGCCAGCUGUUCACAGCACCCCAGGCCUCCCUUUAGUGCAGCUGCUAGACCUGUCACAUGUCUCUCUACCUUCUGGAACAACAGUUAGGAAUGUCGGGCCGAGCAUGCUUUGUACACAUGUUGGAAGUCAGCUUCUAAGUGGCACAUUGAGGUAUAAGAGGCACAAACAGUAGAGUGCACACUGGCUUCUCUUUGGGGAGCAAGCAGCUUAAGUGCAGCAAAAACCCGAGUCUUUGUGACUGCUUUAAUGAAAUAAUGGGACCAUUCUUUCUGGUCUCUUCUGACACCUGAAGAGGCUUCAACUCUAUGCUUCCUUCCCGCACAAGCUUUCCUUCCCUUCUCUCAGUUUAAAGCAUUUUUACUGCUUUUGCAAUGCAUUUACAAGGCUUUUACGUAGUGUGGAGGAGCCACCCUUUCGCUGAAGGGUUAUGAACACCAAAUAAACCUUUACUGUGAGAA